ACAGAUAGCGUCACCGUUUUUUCAGUCAAACAUGGCGGCUACCUUUGCUUGUUAACCGUUGUAAUAAUUGUAUUAGUCAAACCUUUUGCGCAAAGAAGUGUUUGACACAGGGCGUAUUUGACUCUAACUAAAACUAAAGUGAAGAGUCUAUUAAGCGUGUUCUAGUGUUUGAAGACUUUGGAGACCAUGCAAUCCACUCAGUGAGACGCAAAACGGCAACAUGGAGAUUUCUUCGAAGGAAGGAGAAACUCCCAUCGAGAUGACCACUAGUGAAAAGGUAGUGGAACUUCUAAAUCAAGCUGCGCUGAUACCCACAGAUGAAAAGCUAACAGUUCUUAAGCAGGUUCAGGAGCUUAUCAUCAACAAGGAUCCAUCUCUUCUUGACAAUUUUUUGGAUGAGAUAAUCGCUUUCCAGACUGACAAGUCCAUUGAAGUAAAAAAGUUUGUCAUCGGAUUUAUAGAGGAAGCAUGUAAAAGAGACAAUGAGCUACUCCUCAGGCUGAUUGCUAACCUGAACAUGUUGCUGAAGGAUGACAGUGUGAAUGUGGUGAAGAAAGCCAUUCUUACACUCACUCAGCUGUACAAAGUGACCUUACAGUGGUUGGUGCGCGCCAAAGUGGUUUCGGACAUGCAGGAAGCAUGCUGGGAUUUAGUAACACAGAUGAAAGGGGAUGUCUUGGCCUUACUUGACUCUGAGAAUGACGGUGUUCGAACUCAUGCCAUUAAGUUUACAGAAUCAUUAAUCAUUAUUCUUUCACCACGGACAUCUGAGUCUGACGUCCCAAAACGUCAGGAAGGCGACAUUAGCCUGGACAAAGUUCCCAAAGAUCAAUCUUACAUUCGUUAUGAUACUUUGUGCGAGGAGGGAAAGACUGCUCUGGAAAAGCUGUUGAAGUUCAUGGUCCACCCAGCUAUUUCCAGCAUUAACCUCACCACAGCACUGGGUUCCCUGGCCACUAUUGCCCGUCAAAGACCAAUGUUCAUGUCAGAAGUAGUGCAAGCAUACGAAACACUGCAUGCAAACCUGCCCCCUACCCUGGCCAAGUCUCAGGUGAGCAGCGUUCGAAAGAAUCUGAAGUUGCACUUAGUGGCAGUUCUCAAGCAUCCAUGCAGCUUGGAGUUCCAAGGUCAAAUCAGCACGCUGUUGUUGGAUCUGGGAAUGCCCCAGAAUGAAAUAACCAGACAUACUCCAGCACCGCGUGAGCAGCGCAAAAGGGCACGUUAUGAGCAAUAUACGGAGGGAAAAAAGGUCAAGAUUGAGCCAGCUCUGAUAGAAGAUGAUGAUGACAAAGAGGAGCCAGCCCCUCUUUCAGUCCCAAAGCCAGUUGCUGUCCCAGUUGCACAGUCUGCCAUUGACUUGACAGCUGAGUUCCUGCACCCAUUGCUUUCCCCUGAGAAUGUAGCAAACCUGGUGCUCAUCAGCAUGGUGUAUCUGCCUGAUGUCAUGCCAGCAUCUUUCCAGGCCACAUACACACCCGUGGAAUCAGCAGGUACUGAUGCCCAAAUCAAACAUUUGGCCAGGCUGAUGGCUACGCAGAUGACUUCAGCUGGCAUUGGUCCAGGUAUUGAGCAGUGCAAAGCACGGGAGGAUGAAGUGGGCAAAGAAGAGCUAAAUGAGGACAACACAGCUGGUAAAGAUAUUCUCAUUAAACGCAAAGUGCCAGCUGUCAUGAUGGGCCAAGCCAUCUCUGUGGUGGGAGGCUACAGUGAGAAACCUCCCCCAUCAGAAGCUCCAUCUGCAGUCAAAAGGCUGCCUGAGCCCAUCCUUCCCUCUGCCCAAACCAAGAUAACAGGGCCGAGUGGGAGGAAAAAAGUGUUUAGGUUGUCAGAUGUUAUCCAGCCUUUAUCAGACACACAGAUUGAGACGUUAACUUCAAAAGCCGUGAAGCGCAUUUUGCAUUCAGAAAAGGCAAUUGCACAGAGUGGAAUGUCCCACGUCAGAGUGAAGCUCCUCUCUAGGCUGGUGACACAGUUUGAGGGGAUGAUGAAAGAUGAUGUGCUGGCAUUUAUCCUGGAUGACAUCAGGACGAGGAGUGACCUGGCAUUUUCUCUGCUCUACCAAGAGUAUAACACCUAUCUCAGUCAACUGCCUUCAGGGUUGCUGGACAGCUACGACCACUGUCUCUACACUCUGCUGUCAGGCCUGCAGGAAAAGCCUGAGCAGAGGGAUGGACUUUUCACAAAGCUGGUACUAGAAGCUCCCAUCAUAACAGAGUCAGCGUUAGAAGUAAUACGACGUUACUGUGAGGAUGAGUCUCGAGUUUAUUUAGGUAUGACAACUCUGAAGGAACUUAUUGUCAAACGGCCCUCCAGGCAGUUCCAGUAUCUGCAUGUCCUCCUGGACCUAAGCUCGCAUGAGAAAGAGAAGGUGCGCAACACGGCCCUGGCUUUUCUGAAGCGCAUGUAUGAGAAAGACCAACUCAGGGAUUACAUAGAGAAGUUUGCUCUAAACUACAUGCAGCUUCUGGUACACCCCAACCCUCCAUCUCUGCUUUUUGGAGCUGACAAGGACACAGAGGUAGCUGCCCCCUGGACUGAAGAAACAGUGAGACAGUGUCUGUUCCUCUACCUGUCCCUGCUUCCCCUGAACCAUCGGCUUGUGCACGAGCUUGCUUCUGUCUACACUGAAGCCAUAGCUGAUAUCAAGCGCAGCGUGCUCCGAGCCAUAGAGCAGCCUAUUCGAGGAAUGGGGAUGAACUCUCCUGAGUUGUUACUCUUGGUUGAAAACUGCCCUAAAGGGGCAGAGACUCUGGUUACGCGCUGCCUGCAUAUUUUGACAGAUAAAGUGCCUCCAUCACCAGAGCUGGUUGAGAGAGUGCGAGACCUUUACCACAAACGAGUGCCAGAUGUUCGCUUCCUGAUCCCGGUCAUAAACGGCUUAGAAAAGAAUGAAGUAAUCCAGGCUCUACCAAAGCUGAUCAAACUCAACCCCAUCGUUGUGAAGGAAGUCUUCAACAGACUAUUAGGAACUCAGCACAGUGAGGGAAGCUCAUCCGUGUCCCCCUUAACCCCAGGAGACCUACUCAUUGCCUUACACAAUAUCGACUCAACUAAAUGUGAUAUGAAAUCAAUCAUAAAAGCUACCAACUUUUGCUUCGGGGAGAAGAACGUUUACACCUCUGAGGUUUUGGCAGUGGUGAUGCAGCAGCUGAUGGAGCAGAAUCCUCUACCUAUGCUUCUCAUGCGCACAGUCAUCCAGUCUCUCACCAUGUACCCCCGACUGGGUGGAUUUGUCAUGAGUAUACUGUCCCGCCUAAUAGUCAAACAGGUGUGGAAGUACCCUAAGGUCUGGGAGGGAUUUGUGAAAUGCUGCCAAAGGACAAAGCCCCAGUCUUUCAGUGUGCUCCUACAACUGCCACCUGCACAACUUACAAGCGUGUUUGAACGCUGUCCAGAGAUGAGAGCCCCUCUUUUGCAGCACGUCCACUCUUUCACACCUCAUCAGCAAGCUCACAUACCUGCCUCCAUCAUGACAGUUCUGGAAGCUAAUAAGAAAACUGAACCAGUUGAGGAGAAUGAGAUUAAACCUGUUCCACCUGCAUCAGUUAUAGUGGAACCUCCCAUCGUGGCACAGAAAGAGCCAGAAAUACCCAUUCAGCAAGCCCCAGCCAUUAUGAAAGAAGAGGAGGAACUGAUGGAGCAAGAAGAGGCUGAUCCGGUAAUACAGGAAGAAAUUGUUGAUACUAAUUCACAGGAGGAUUCAUCAAAAGAAUCUGAAAUAUUGGAACCUCAUUUACAGCCAGCUGAGGAACCCAUGGAGGAGUCUCAGCCAGAACCAUCAGAUCAGCAGGAGCCAGUUAUAAAUGCCGAAGCUAACACCACAGGACCAGAGGCUGGAAAUGGCAGUGAGGACGUAGAAUAAGAAUGCACUGCAAUAUCCCUGAAACUUUCAAGAUUUCAGAAAAAUCCAUUUUCUUGUUUGUCUUUUUCUUUUAACAGUUUGUUUGGAAGUCCAAAAUCAACAAUUAUAUUAAGGGUUAUCACAAAGUUAUUCUGAGUUUACAGGUAUACCAAGCAAACCUACUUUUGAAUAACACUGUGUUGUGUGUGUGAAAUGAUCUGUGUCCCAUAUUUGAUUGCUUUAUUCUGUGUACAUUUCAUUUUUGCUUUUACAAAUGAAAUAAAGCUGAUUCAACUGUCUACAGACUAAUCAAAUCAUCCAUCCAUCCAUUAUCGUUACCGCUUAUUCCCUAAAGGGGUCGUGGGGAAAACUGGAGCCUAUCCCAGUGAUCA